AUGACCGAAAUGGAUGAAGAAAUAAAGAAGCUCCGUGAACAGCUCGAAGAAGCCAAACGCCGAACCGAAGACGCCGAGAAACGCGUCCAAGAAGAGCAGCGCCGACGCGAAGGGGCGGAAGAAGCCGCCAGGGCAUCGCAACCGCUGGCAAUUGAACCUUAUCUUGACGCAUGCCACUCGCUCAAUCUUGCCAUCCAAGUUCUGACCGACCGCUCUUUAACCACCCAAGGCGACACGACUGAUCCUACCGGCCGUGUUUACCCAUCACGAAUUUCUAAAUGGGACGAAUUUGCAGCAAAACAAGAGGAAAUAUGGAAUCUGCUUUCCGAUCCUUCCUUCACCUCCCGUCCUACAUUUCCAUCUCGACACCAGGUGGAUUACGUUCGCUCUUUAAUAAGCCCGAUUAGCAGCGAGCAUGGACUACGGCAUUUUGAGCGUGACACCGUUGAAAAUGCAGUCCAAAAGCUGGUCGAUGCAGUGUCCGAGAACGAACUGCUGCGACAGCGCCUCGGCUUGCAUGGGACCGUAACGUUCGAAAGCCACACGAACCUCGGCGCGGCGGACGAAAGCCUAUCCGAACCUCUCGAUCAGAUGGCCGUCUCUGGGCCCAGUGUCGCAGGUGCGACAUCUGCAACGGCCAAAGUCCGGAAACCGCGUCGCACCGCGAAAAGCAAAGGAAAAGGCAAUCGAGCGGACCAGUUCUGCAUAUACAGGACAACGAACGGAGCGAACAUCCCGACAAUGGCAAUCGAGUACAAAGCGCCGCACAAACUAAGUCAGGACGAGGUGGUCACCGGCCUGGCAUCCGCAAUUGAGCCGAAGCGAGACGUGAUUGGCCAAGAUUGCGAAGGCUUCGUGCUCGCGUCAAAGGCGCUUGCCGCCGCCGUGGUCACGCAGCUUUUCUCCUACAUGAUUGGCAAGGGCAUAAAACACGGGUACGUUUGCACAGGACAAACUUUCGUUUUCCUCCAUAUUCCGGAUGAUCCCGCGACGGUCCUCUACCAUGUCUGCGUCCCGAACUUGGACGUCUUCGACGAUGACGAGAACAGACUCCACCGUACAGCCGUCGCGCAAGUGUUCGCCUUCGUCCUGCAGGCUGUUCGUACUGCGCCGCCCCCACAAUCGUGGCACGACGCGGCGGCUACGCUUGAAACAUGGGCUGUCGAAUACGAGGAUGUGCUGGCCAAAAUACCGUCUUCUGUCCGCAAGGAUAAAGAACGGGCUUCUCACUAUAUACCCCGCUGUUGGCAGGGCUUCAAGCGUUCGCCGAUCCGCACCCGCGCGUUCUGCCGGCAGCUACCCACUCAGCCCUUGUCUGACGAAGAUGAAGACGACGAUGAUUUCAUGCACUCCCCAACUCCGAAACGAUCCUCCAAUUCUCACAGGAAUGGCACGCCAGGCUCUGGUGGACGCAGCGAAGGUCGUGGGGGACUGCGGGCGGGUAAAUCACAAGGAAUACAGGAUAGGCUUUACUGCAGCCAUAAAUGUCUUCUUGGGCUGAAGUGUGGUAGACCUGUUGACAAAACCUGUCCGAACGCCAGUAGCCACGGGCAGAAACACAUUGACAGGGCAGAAUUUCUAAGUCUGCUUCAAGCACAGCUAGCCAAAGACCGUGGGCCUGAGGCAGACUGUACACCUUUAUACCUGUCAGGGUUUGUUGGUUCACUGUUUAAGGUCCGGCUAUCGAUGCGUGGCUACACACUUGUGGCCAAGGGCGUGGAAACGGCGAAUCUUGAAUUCCUGAAACAUGAGGAAAAGGUCUAUAACCGCCUUAGCAAGAUUCAGGGGAGGCACGUUCCGGUAUGCCUCGGAUUGAUGUCUCUGGUUCUCCCGCAAUAUUGCGACGGCGGCGUUUAUAAGCACUUUUUACUCCUUAGUUGGGCUGGCAAGCCUUUGUCGAGCAGUGACGGCCCUAUCGAUAAAUUUGUCGGUACUGCUUCGAUUUCCAAGGCAAUUACCGCAAUACACCGUCUUGGCGUCCUUCACGGCGAUGCUGAGGCGCGCAACAUUUUAGUAGAUGGCCAGCGCCCUAUGGUUGUUGAUUUUGAAAGAGCGACUAUUCCGCUGGGCUCGAUCUCUGCCAACGCCAAGCUCAAAAGGAAACAUGGGCCAUCUCAGAAAAGGGGGAACGACGCGUUCGCAAAAGAGUUUGCCGCUAUACAAAAUGUUUUCCGAGGGCGUCAAUGA